AGAGUGGGGCCUCGAGCAUGUCAGAUUUCUGACCUCUACGAAAAUCCCAUUUUCAAAUUCUUAAUGACUGCGACAGGUAGCGGAAUCCAUGUUCCAGUAAUGUUGAAAGAGGUUUUGGACUAUCUCAAUCUAAAAAAAGGAGGGGUCUAUGUUGACGGAACUUUCGACAAGGAGUUUAGCGAUUUGACACAAAAAGACAAAAUUUUCCUCACCUCUCAAUUUUGCCUCAUUAACGACAACUUUGCCAAUCUGGAAGAACAUUUAAAAAAGAUGGGCAUCCAAGAGGUAGACGGAUUUUUAUUUGAUUUAGGGCUUUCUUCGGACCAGUUAGCGGCUACAGAAAGGGGGUUCAGUUAUCGGUCAGAUUCACCAUUGGAUAUGCGAAUAAGCCAGACAACCAAACUAUCAGCCGCCGAUAUCAUUAACGACUAUCCAGAAGCCAAAUUAGCCGACAUUUUUUAUCAUUACGGAGAAGAAAGAAAAGCCCGCCCUAUAGCUCGCAAAAUUUGUUACUGGCGAAAAAAAGAAAAAAUUGUUAACUCUCAGCAAUUG